AAUGGAAGCUGGAGAUUCGCCACCACCAAUGAACCCAGAUUUGAAUGUAACAUUAUAAGGAGCAUAGCGCUGCUUUGUUAGAGCACAAUGCAGCAGAAAGGCGCCAUCACCAUCAUAGAAUGGGAGGACUUGGACAAGAGGAAAUUCUACUCUCUGGGCGUGUUCAUGACUUUAACCACGCGGGCCACAGUCUACCCUUUCAGCCUGAUCCGAACUCGCUUACAAGUCCAGAAAGGAAAGUCCCUCUACAAUGGAACGUUUGACGCGUUUUGUAAAAUAUUAAAAAGUGAAGGCAUCUGUGGUCUGUAUCGCGGGUUCAUGGUCAACACCUUCACUCUCGUCUCUGGGCAAGCGUACAUCACAACGUACGAACUCGUGAGGAAAUACGUCUCUAACUACUCCCAAGACAACACGGUGAAGUCCAUCUUCGCUGGGGGAGCUGCUUCUUUAGUGGCUCAAACCAUAACCAUACCCAUAGACAUUGUGUCCCAGCAUCUCAUGAUGCAGGGCCAGGGGGAGCACUUGAGUCGAUUUAAGGUCAAACCCAAAAUGAUGCUGGCGGCGACCAAGAGGAGGCUGACUUUUGGGCAGACGCGGGACAUCACAGUGCAGAUAUUCGCCGAGGAUGGGUUCAGAGGGUUUUACAGGGGCUAUGUGGCGUCUCUCCUCACAUACAUACCCAACAGCGCCCUCUGGUGGCCUUUUUAUCAUUUUUAUGCAGAGCAACUGUCCAACCUAGCGCCCUCUAGCUGUCCUCAUCUGCUCCUGCAGGCGAUCGCGGGACCAAUGGCUGCGGCCACUGCCUCCACCAUCACCAACCCCAUGGACGUGGUUCGAGCCAGAGUCCAGGUGGAGGGCCGGUCUUCAGUCAUUGGCACUUUUAAGCAGCUGAUGGCGGAGGAGGGCGUGUGGGGUUUGACCAAAGGACUCUCAGCGCGGGUCAUCUCCUCCACCCCCACCUCUGUCCUCAUCGUCGUGGGAUACGAGACCCUCAAGAGACUGAGUUUGAAAGCAGAGCUCACCCACUUGAGACACUGGUGACUAAAAAGUCAAAGUGAAAUACUGAACACAGGAUCUGCAAUGGGGUAACAAGAGCAAGAGUUCAACCACUAAGCUGAAAAUUGUUGGUUUGAUUCCCACGUCUGGCCAAUGCAUACUGCUCUUGUGUCCUUGAGCAAGAGUCUUCACCAAUUUGCCUACAGUAAAAGGCCUCUUCAUAGACUGGAGUGUGAUGGAUUAGUGGUUCCAUACAGUGGCCAAUAAGCAGAGAACAGAACAAGUAACUGUGACCACAAAUAUAUUGUGUAUAUUGUCAAUAGUGCUUUCAUCAUUUGUCAUUUUAAAGGAACUGUAUGUAGCUUGUGUUCUUACAGUUUAAAAAAAAAAAAGGUCACUACAAUCAAGAAUGAACCUGGGUUGCCACUGCCUAAACCAGCAAAUAAAGGUCACACACAAGUUUUUCUCCAGAAUUCACUUCCUGAGCUGCAGAGGCUUCACUAGCACUGAUUCAUGAUUGUCUGCAAGUGCUGGGGAGAGUCCUUUUUAGGUUUAAAACAACUGGAUUGCAACAUUGUAACUAGCAACCCAAAUAAGACUUCUGAUUUGAUACUCAUGUUGAGCACGAAAACACCAAAUUAUAACACGAACAACUUGGCCAUCAUGUUCAUCAUUGUUUUUUGUAAUUUUUUGCAUUAGAAUUCAGCCAUCAGUAAUCAGUAAAAGCUAUACUGCUGUGAACACGUCUACCUCAUAAAUGGGGACACGGAUAGGUCAAGUUUAUGGAAAUCAAAUUAAAAUCGUACAUACAGUUCCUUUAACAAAGAGAGACAUGAACUGGGAUCAGAUACUCCUCCAGGUGGUCCCCAAGGCUGUAUUUAUUAGAUGAGAGUCAAGAUGGUGGCCAGAGUUUUAUCCUUAAGUUGGUAGCGGUCUCACACAAAGUGCUGCUUAAUAUAAUAUUUAUGGGUUGAUCAAACAAAUUAUAAUCAGGUACCUCAAAUUUAAUUUUAAUAUUAAAGCACAUGAAAUAAAUCUUAACUUUUUAUUUUGCUAAGUCCUAAGAAGAAAAAUUACUUUGCCAUGAAAUCAAUUUAAAUUGAACAUUAUACUUAUAUAUUUCUAUGUAAACUCAGAUAAACCCAUUUUGACCAGUGUUAAAGUGCAUCUGGCAGGUUUUCAUGAUUUUCUGUUUUUGACUUAAUUUGGUGGAAUAAUUCCUGUUGUGGUGGAAUAAUACCUGUUUUAAAAUAUAUAAAUUACAGUUUUAUGCAAGUUUAGAAGCAAUUUUUGAAGAAAAGUUAAAAAAUAUGUAGGAAGUAGAGAAUUCUAACACACUGAUGGCAUCACACUGGGAGAAUUCUAUCCAAAAUCUUGGCAUAAUUUACAUGAGAGACAAAUUUUUUCUGAUACUUUAAACAGAAUUUCAACAAAAUAUAUUUCUUCUAUUUUUAUUUGUCAGAUAAUAAUUUUUGUGUGCAUUAGAGGAGUUAUGGCCCAGUGCACAAUACGGCUGUAUUGCAGUGUGAUGUCUAGAUUUCCAAUCAAGUAAAAUUAAAAUUAUAACAUUUUUAGGAUCAUCUUAUAUAAUGAUCUUAAAUGUAUUUAAGGAAAAUUCGCAGUUUAACCUGUCAUAGGCACUUUAAAUGUAGGCUGUGAAAAGCAUAUAGUCUUGAUCAAUAAUUCUCAGUGGAGGAAAGGUGAGAAUUCUAAGGUGGAAAUUGCUCUGUAAAGGCCGCCACACACCACAAAUUGUUUAAAACUGAAAAAUCCUGUAAAUGCACGACAAAAUGCGCACACCAAGAUCCUUGCCCUCCAUCUGAAAUCAUGACAUUAUCAAAUUCUAGAACACAAUCUAUGAAUUAUAAGUUUCUCCUCUAGGCUGACCUAAACUAGAACAAGCAUCUAUUGACUGCACCCAAAUCAAGUGCUCAAAGUUUUUUUUAUUGUAAAAAUUGAAUCUGUAAUUAUGUUGAAUGCCAAAUUAUUGCCUUCUUUUGCACUUGAGAUUAUAUUUUUUAAAAAUCAUUCCAUAAAAACGUUUGUGCUACCUACAACCUAAAUACAAUAAGGUCACUGGCUGGAAUUGUAAAAAGUUGGGGCGCUAAAAGCAGGUAUGUGAUGUUAAAUAGCACUUAAAAGGUGCACUAUGUAACUUUUCUGGCUUAUUUCCAUGGAGAUGCGAUUGUUUUGCUUGGAAUGCUGCACAGUAUGGUGUUUAACCUGUCUAUUUCCAUGGAGACAAGCAAGUGGCAUUACCAGGCUAUGUUACGGAUCUCACAGUAAAAAUGCUUUUGUUGUUUUGUUGUUGUUUUUUUAAUAAUAAUAAUGACAGCUAUAAUUGGUGGGAAAAUGUGAGAUCAUUUUAAUGCCAUACAGUGGAACAUUUCAGGUAAAGCAAUUUGCAGAAGUUGCAUAGUGCAGCUUUAAGCUCAAUGAUAAAUUAUGUUUAUUUCUCAAAAGAAAUGCUUCGAAGUUUCUCACUUAUUGUAAUGUUACUUGUACCAGCUUUUGGGAAUUUUUUGUGUGAAAUUUCAAUAAUGGAGACUGUGACUUUUAAUGUGCCAAAGUGUCCAUUGUAUCAGUUUUUGUGCAGGAUUCAAUUUCACAUGAGCAGCUAAUUCCACUGCUCCACUAGCCUUUGAAAUAUAAGCUUCAAAAACCCUGCCUACAAAACUGCAAAAAGUAUAUUAUUUCAACCAGAGAUUCUCCAUUAUGGGGAGAUUAUACUUUUAUUUAGGCCUGUCACGAUAAUUACUGUAUCGACUUAUGGUUCGAUAUACAGUAUGACAGCUGGGACUAUAUAUUUUCUUUCCACUACUGGCAUUUUUUUGGUUAUGGGCUCUAUUCACCCUUACGUAACAAAAUCGGAAGACGUUUGGAACAAAACAUGCGGAUGACAACUUCCUUUGGGCUCUACUGGCGUUAGUAACUGAAAAAAUCUGAAAAAAUUAGAAAAUGGCCCAGCUUUCUUCAUCUAGAUGUCAGUGUAUUCUUUUUUACUUUUAUAAACUGCAUAUUCAUUUGUGUAUUAUCAUUUGUCUAGUCCUGUUGCUGCUGAAUCCACGGUUUUAUCACAUGCCCAGUGAACUACAUCGGAAGUCGUCAUCCGCAUGUUUCCAAAUGUUUUCCAGUAAGCGUGAAUAGAGCCUUUGACUAUACGAUAUGAUUUAAGCCAUAAAAGGUUAAAUAAAGCACUUAAGUGACUCAUUA